CUCCUCCUCCCCCUCCUGCCUCCUCCUCCUCCCCCUCCCCUCCCCUCCCUCCCUCCCUCCCCAGUCCAGCUGAUGCAGGCGGCACCGCUGCACGGUUUCAGCAAGAUGGCGGGAUCGGUGGCGGAGCGGGACGCGGUGAAAAUCGAGGAUGGGCAUUUAAACAACUCCUUGGGAUCCCCAGUGCAAGCGGAUGUGUAUUUUCCACGGCUGGUCGUCCCCUUUAGUGGGCACAUCAAAGGAGGAAUGAGGCCAGGAAAGAAGAUCUUAGUUAUGGGCAUAGUGGAUCUCAACCCCGAGAGCUUUGACAUCAGUCUCACAUGCGGAGACUCAGAAGAUCCUCCUGCAGAUGUAGCCAUUGAACUGAAAGCUGUAUUUCCAGACAGGCAGUUCCUUAGAAACUCUUGUAUAUCUGGUGAACGGGGGGAGGAACAGUCGUCAAUUCCAUACUUUCCCUUCAUUCCAGACCAGCCAUUUAGGGUUGAAAUUCUUUGUGAGCACCCCCGUUUUAGAAUAUUUGUGGAUGGACAUCAGCUUUUUGAUUUUUACCAUCGUAUUGAAACAUUGUCAGCAAUUGACACAAUAAAGAUAAAUGGAGAUCUUCAGCUUACUAAACUUGGCUGAACUUGUUAGAAACUGUAGAUUCCAAACUGGCUCAUGUGCCAUCAUCUGUCUGGAAGAUCAGUGGCAGCUGGGUCUGGACACAACUGUAAUAGACAGGCUUCACUGUUUGUUUCCUGUGUGCAGUAAAAAAUACGUUGCUGAAUUGAACUGUUGUUUAUCCUAAUGAAGAAAGCUGUUGAUUAAUAGACACUGAGCCAUUUUUCUUGGAACAAAAAGAUAACCCAUCCAUGCUGGAUAAUCAAAUUAGAAUGGAUUUGGAAAGACUUACAAUCCUGUCUUUAAAUUGCAGCAGCUAUUAAUCUUCUCACAGAAAGGCAGUUUCUGAAAAGAAGUGCUAAAAGCAGUUAUUGAACAGUUAUUUAAAACACACACACACCCUCAUACAAAGUUUUCUUUUACAAAUAUUGUACCUGCACUGAAGUGGAUUAGUGUAGCACAACACAGGGCCAAAUGAUGAAAUCCUUAUCCAGGACCUGAGCCUGCUUCUGCUGACAUAAAAAUAGUAAUACUCCCAUUGACGGCAAUGGGGCACAAUCGAACCUCCUAUCCUUACUUGAGCAUAAUUCCCAUAUAUUACUAUGGGAUUUUUGCCCCAGGGAGUAGCCAGAUCUUCAGCUGGGGCAAUCAGUGGAAGUUAAUUUGUUUCUGUGGAAAUAUGCUGACUUCCCCCCAUGGAAGAUCUGGCCUCUAGGCGGUGCAAAAACUGAGUAAGGGCUUCAGGAUAGGGUCUGUAUAUUUUAGUCAGGGUAUUUGCAUAGAAUGUAGAUUGUUCAGAGUUUUGCACAUGUCAUGUUAAUACAAUUUUUAAAGCUUACCUGUAGUUUUAUUUAUUUAUACUCAUGUAUGUAUUAUUAGUAAAUAUGAACAGAGGGUUACUGAUCAUUCAGAACAGCAAAGUAUAAGCAUUUUGAAUGUACAUGUCUUAGGUUCUUUGGGUAAAUGUAACAUAUUCUUGAAAUGAGUCACUUUUUAUUGAACAGUUGAUUACGUUCUAAUGAUGUCCUCUUGGCCCACUGAUGGUGAAGGUCUGUUCGUGUAUUCACUAGAAACUGUUUUUCAGGGCUUUAUAACUUCGCUGUAAAUGGUAGGUCCAAGCUAAGGUGGAUUCAUUUUUCAAACUUAACUAGAAAAAAUUAAGUUUUAAGUGUGCUUUUAUAAAUUCAAGAACACCGUUACAUUUUAUAGGCUACUAGUUCAAAAUAGGACUAGCCAUUUUGGCGGGGUUGGGAAAUUCUCUGCAUAUAUCCAAGGUCAUAAUUUGGUCCUUGACGCUAAAUUGAAAACUAGUCUAGACAGCCAAGUUACUAACACUUGAAAAUCAGCUACUGCACAUGAAUAAUAACUUUUCCAAAUAGCUUUUUAAAUAAAUAGACAUAGCUGUAUAAACACUGUAAUUGCUCUACACUGUGAAUAAACACAGUAACUUUUCAUGGCUUCUUUAAAACUAAGUAUACUUUUUUUCCUCUUGGCUUUACACAAUGGAAUAUAAUAGGUCUUUUUUAAGUGUUAUAGUUUGAGAAAGAAAAAUGAAUAUAGACAAUUUUAAAACCAUGUAUUAUAAGGACUUUAAGACACACAUUAUGAUGACAUUUUUAUAGCACAGCAUGAGAGAAAGACAGACACACAGAUGGAACUGUUAAGCUUAUGAUAAAGACCUGGAUUAAUCCAACCAAAACUGGAAUAUCAAGAGUUAAGGCUAGAAUGUCAAGUGUAAGUCAAGAAAAGGUUCUUUGGGUAAAUCUAAUAUCUUUUAUUAGACCAACUUAUUAGUUGGUCUAAUAAAAAAUAUCAGAUUUACCCAAAGAACUUUGUCUGCCUUUGUCCUUAGACCAACACAGCUACAACCAAUACCCCUGAAAUUGUAAGUCAAUUCAUUUUACCUUUAUUCUAAGCUGAUAUGACCCUCAGUCAGGAAGUCAUAGGGAGCAAGCCAGCAUCCUACCUAUGGCCCCAAUCCAAUGUCCACUAAAGUCAAUGAAAGUCUUUUCGCUGCACUUUGGAUCUAGUCCCCUAAAAACUAAAAACCUAGAGGCUUCAUUCUCAUCUUGUUCUAGUAGAAAUUAAAUUUCAUUGGCUAAAAUGAGAAUGAAUUUUCCCUCGCAUGAGUGAAAUCAGAAUUAGACCUCUACCUAUACAAUGUGAUUAAAAAUGGAGUUUUAGCCUUAACUUUGAAUUGCAAUGAUUAUUCCUCACCCCACCCCCCAACACACACACACAUAUUAAACCAGAGCCUACAUGUUAUUUUUAGAGUUUCUUUUUUCCUGGUGUAUGGCUUUAUAUGUAAAUUGGACUCAGUUUGUACUUCAGGUUGACUCUUGAUAUAAAAUGUUUCUGUCUUGCUUUGCUUUUAUUAUUUUACAGAAGUAUUGAAAUGACCGUGUCAUUUUCAAAUGUAUUAAGAAUGCUGAAAAUGUUUCAGUACAAAAAUAUAUUCUUAAAAAUAAAAAUCUAGGAAAAGAA